AUGACUUCCAAAACCAUUCAGCUCCUCCACGGGCCGGGAAGAUACGCCUCUAUCAUAACAGCUUUGUGUUUUACUACUCUGUCGUUGGCUUGCUUAGCCCUUGUACUACUGUCCGGGCUCAAAACACCCAAGGGGAAGCUUGGUGGCCUUAGCUUUGCAGUGAUCGACAGCUCCAAAGUCGAGGUGAACACCAACAACGACGUGUUUCGAGGCCUCCCCGACACGAACGACUAUUCAAAGCAGAAGGACUUCUACGCAUUCUAUCUCUGGAAUUACUGCAGCGGCAAGCUCCAAAACGGCGAUUACUACGUCGACUUCUGCUCCCAACCUCGUCAAUCUCUCUAUGAUCUCUUCAGAUUCUGGAAGGUCUGGGGCGCAAGUGUCCACAAGGAAGGAACGCGUUUCUAUUGGCUAGAAAAGGGGCCGAAGCUACUUUACAUCUCUUACAUCGUUGCUGGAGGCACGAAUGCCCUCGAGUUUCUCGCAGGCGUCCCUUCACUCUACACCAACAGGGUCAGCCGAGUAACGGUGGUUCUUGCCUCGGCUGCAUCUAUUUCCUUGCUCGCAACGGCCAUUCUCGCCCAAGUCACUUACGGCCAGCUUAUCAGCCGUGCAGACGACGAAGAUAUCCCUAUUACCGCCAAGAAAGUCGGCCAGAUCCUGUAUGCCGCCAACUGGGUCGGGACAAUCUUUUCUUUGUCUGCUCUGGCGACUUGGUACCAUGUCUUAACCGGUAACACGGUUAAGAGGGCACCUACAAUGGAGGCAACUAGCAACAAAUAUGUGCAAGUGGUGGAGGCGGAUGGUCAUGUUCAGCCUUACUUUGUGGAGUCACCGGUGCGGAAACGGACUUUCUCGAAGUGGCCGCAGUUUUAA